UGCUGCAUCGCUCGUGGCUGCAAAAGCAAGCAAGGAAUUCGAGAAACCCGACAAAAUUAUUGAGAAUUCAUCUAGAACCCCUCGAGUUCCUUUUAAAAUACAAUUUUUUGAGGUUCAAGUCUUGAAUCAAUUAAGUACUGUUACUUAGAAAAUUCGAAUUAAUUAAUAUUCCAUUUGGUAUGCUAAAGCAUUCGUUAUACUACUUUGAAAAUGAUGGUUUUCUGAAUUAAUUGUAAUUAUAGCGUACCAAAAGUGUCUGUUUUCACUGUGAUAGUUAAUGUAUUAAUAAAACAAAUAACAAGUGGUCGCAAAAACAGGCGAGGAGGGCAUAGUCGAAUCCGUCGAAGAAAGUGACUCAUAUUUCCGAGGAGGAGAGAGAAAGUGUCCAGCUAGAAGGCUACACGAUCGGGUCUUCGGUCGAUAGUCUUGCUUGGCUCACAAACGGAAGCGGACCAAGCAGGUGGAUUGCAUGAAAGAAGAAAUCAAAGUGGAAUGAUAACAGCCAAGGGGACGUUUCUGUUCUACGAAUAUUACGUCUACCAUGAAGCGUAAAGGAUCUCUUCAUUUGCAUUCCUUGCUGCUGGUUUUCCAGCUGAGUGUCUGCAUGGGAAUUCCAGGCAAUUUGCAUCCUGUGUCUGUUUCGCCGAACGCUUCGAUAACGGAAACAUCCAUAGGACCAUGGGGUGAGAUUUUAGAAAAUUGGGUCGUCUCUGAUUCAAAGAUUUCCAGAACAUCAAAGGUGAUGAAAUUUGGUGACAAAACUUUGACCGUAUCCACGAAAAUUUCAACACCUAACAAACGUGAAGUUUCUGAAACAGAUCUUUACUUGCUCGGCGCGAUAGAGAAGCUCGUUUACAGGGUAGAUUUCCUGGAGAAUCGUCUGAGGAGGGCGGAGGAGCUUCUGUACUAUGUGAUCUCUGGAAACAUUGACAAAAAAGAAUCUUGCCCCCAGAAUUAUACGAAAAUUGGUCAGAAUUGCUAUCACUUCGGCAGCCGUGAUUUCGACUGGAAGUCCUCGGCGAGCUUGUGUCGAGGCAUGGGUGGUCACUUGAUCGAAUUCGACACGGACGAUGAGAAACGUGAUGUAUUCGCCAGCUUACAAACAAAUUCCAAGCUGAAAGGUAAAACCUUCUGGACGGGAGGAUUGAAUCCGGGUCUUCUGUGGAUCUGGGCAAGUAGCGCUAAGCCAGUUCAUCAAAACACCAAACAGACUGUUCCUGGCGAUGGCAGGUGCUUAAAAUUAUCCUACAAUUCAACGUCCAGAUUGUAUUCGUACCAAAGCGACGAUUGUGGGGCGAGACACAGAUACGCUUGCAAAUUAACGGUGGAUGACGAGUCGGUGAACAAAAUCGAAAAAAGUGUGCGAAUGUUAAUGAACGGAAAACGUUUGAGCAGAAACACCGACUGAAUUACU